AUGCCCGCGACGCGUCCCUCUCGUCUAUCUUCUCAUUCGGAAAUCGCUCCAUCGCACACUGAAACUGGCGGCGAUGGCGACACAGAACCUGAACAAGAUAUUCCUAUGCCUCCUAAUCGACGACUAUCACGGAAACGCAUCAGCGACAUCUAUGGUCUUGGUCAUGAAGAUAGUUUUUCCUCAGAGACUGGCCGCGUCCCAUUGAAGUCCGUCAAUAUUAACGAUGACAUUGCAGAGAAGCGUCGACGGCGGAAAAGCGCGAAGGUGGCUUUGACAGCCCAGGCCUCCGAGGUAGCAGAAGCUGGACCGUCUGAAGAGCAGACAGGAGAGCAGGGCGGUGUUAUUUCGUCUCAUGCUUCCGCACCAACAAAGCAGAAGCAACAGUUACUCUCCAUAGACCAGACGCCGGUGAUCAAUGUUCCUCUAGAUGUUAUGAGCUCCAAUUUUGAAGAAUGGAUGAAAAUGGCUACAGACAAUAAAAUCAACGCCGCCAAUUCCUGGAAUUUUGCGCUGAUAGACUACUUUCAUGAUAUGUCUCUUCUACGCAACAAUACUGAUAACUCGAUCAAUUUUCAGCGUGCUUCGUGCACGCUAGACGGCUGUGUCAAGAUUUGGACAAGUCGCGUCGACAGUGUGGGAACCGAGACAGGAAAGCUCCUGAGCAAUCUCGCUACGGAAGGGAAUGCUGCUAAUGAUGAGGCGGAUGCUGCGGAUGCCGAAAAUGCAGAUGGUCAGGAUCCAAGCCAGACGCAGCGAAAGCGCAAAACGCACAGGUCCGAAUCUACUCUUGCCAAGUCGAUCAUGCAGCUACGGAGCAAGAAGUUGGAUCUUGAAUUCACCGUGGAUCCUCUGUUCAGGAAGACUUGCGCAGAUUUUGACGAGGGCGGUGCCCAGGGCCUGCUCAUGAACCAUCUCUCCCUUGGUGUUGGAUCUGAAGGUAGUCUUCGUGUCAUUUUCGAUGCCAGUGACUCUAUGGGCAAGGAUGGUAAAGAGGACGAGCUGCUUGAGGAGCCAGAAGACGAGAUUGAUCUCAGCCACUUGCGCAGUCAAUUCUUGCCCGAUUUAAGUGCUCUCGAUGUCAAGGCCAUUUCACAUUCUCUAGAAGGUUUUUCAUUUUCGAAAGACGCCUUCUCAUUCGAUGAGUCAACAUUCUUCCGCGAUGAUCCUCCCUCUUUUGAUCAUGAUGGUGGCGAUGACGACGACGAUGCGAUUGUGAACGACCCUGCAGAUGGGCAGGGUGGAGAGUACAAUGCAGACGAUAAUCUUCCACCCGUCGAGGACUUUUUCGUAGGCGAUCAAGCUGUCGGUGACGGCUUUCCCGACGGCGAUUUUGAUGCAAAUGAGUAUGGUGGUGAUCAGCCGGGUGAUCCAGACGCAGUGUCCGGUGAACCUAGCCAGCCAGGUGGUUUCGUAGCUUUCGACCCACGUCGCGUACCAAAUGAACGAGAUUUGGUUUUAGCAAUGACUGACGGCGACGAAGCUGGCGGUGGACUGAUGAUGGAUUACUUUGAUCAAGCCUUUUUAAAGAAUUGGGCUGGUCCUGAGCAUUGGAAGCUGCGCAAGGUGGUCAGACGACCGGAUACCGUUGAAGCAGCUGUCCCCAAGGCCAAACGGGAAAAGAAAGAGGCGUUCAAAAUUGAUUUCCUCACGCCGUCUGCGAAAGACACCAAGACAUUAGCCAAAGAGCUUUUUGCCCCUCCGACCCGUGGCGCAAGCAUCAUGUUGCCAGGGCCUUCUACAGCCAAAGCAUCUGCUCGCAAGGGUGGCAGACCCAAGAAAGGCAAAGAUCGGGCACAAGACAAGCGUAACGAUCAGACAUUGCCCGAUGACAUGCAUUUUUCCAGUCGCCAGUUGGUGACAUUGUUCUUGAAACCCAAGUUCGCGCUGAGAAUGCGAGGGCGACGGCUACGUUCUGACGAUCGUGACGGCGGUGAAAUUGACGAAAACUUUUGGGCGCAGGCGGCUGCCGACCAUGCUGCAGCUCGAGCAGGUGACGAAGGCGACGAAACGGUUGACGGUGGUCCCAUACCUUUCAACACACAAUUCUUCCACGACGACUUUGAUGAAGGCCCUGGAUUUGACGAAGUUUAUGAUGGCCCGGCGCACGACGGAAGUGCUGAUCCGGCGGAGCAGGAUCUCCUUGCAGCUACUCAAGGGCAAACAAGACGAGUUCGACCCGAGUUCGUGAAUUACACUAAGCGGGCCAAGCGGGUCGAUGUACGGAAGCUGAAGGAGAACAUCUGGAGGGGCCUCGAUAUCGUGGUCCCUGGACAACGAGAGGAGGAUGAGUAUGCGAUGGAUACCGAUGAUCGAAUACCGACAGACCCCACAGAAGCGAGAGACUUCACAGCUGUCAUCUCCGGUCUGCAGAAGACAUACCCCAGGGAGAGGUUGGAUGACAUCAGCACGAGCUUUUGUUUCAUCUGCCUCCUUCACCUUGCUAACGAGCAAGGACUCAAGCUCGAUACUACUCGAGACAGUGAUGAGACUCUUGAAGAGGAGGAAAAUCCGGUGGGGAGGAUAUGGGAUCUCAAGGUCUAUAGAGAUCCAGAAGCAUCGCCUGUAGGGUAG